AUGCAUCGCACCUAUUCUAUGCGCCAGUCGCGCGUCCCGACCGCCUCGCAGAUCGAGAACCCCCCACCCCCAAUGUCCUCCACCAAAUCCAACCGGUGGCUCGGUAAGGGUGGCAUUGGUCAUGCAUUCCGUAAAAACGCCGCUGGUGCCUUCGGUCCUGAUCUCGCCCGCAAGCUCUCGCAGCUGGUCAAGAUGGAGAAGAACGUCAUGCGCAGCAUGGAGCUGGUCGCACGAGAGCGCAUGGAGGUCGCUCAACAACUCUCCCUCUGGGGUGAAGCUGCCGACGAGGACGUCUCCGAUGUGACAGACAAGCUGGGCGUUCUAAUCUACGAGAUCGGUGAGCUCGAAGAUUUAUUUGUCGACCGCUAUGACCAGUACCGCGUGACCAUCAAGAGCAUCCGCAACAUUGAAGCCUCAGUCCAACCCAGCCGCGACCGCAAGCAGAAAAUCACCGAUGAAAUCGCCAAGCUCAAGUACAAGGAUCCCAACUCAACACGCAUUGUUGUUCUGGAGCAGGAGCUCGUCCGCGCCGAGGCCGAGUCCCUCGUCGCCGAGGCUCAGCUGUCCAACAUUACCCGCGAGAAGGUCAAGGCCGCUUUCCAGUACCAGUUCGAUGCGCUCCGCGAGCACUGCGAGAAAGUUGCCAUUGUUGCUGGCUACGGCAAGCACUUGCUCGAUCUGAUCGAUGACGCCCCGGUCACUCCCGGCGAGACCCGCCAAGCCUACGACGGCUACGAGGCCAGCAAGGCCAUUAUUCAGGACUGCGAAGACGCCCUGAGCAACUGGGUUACCUCCAAGGCCGUUGUCAAGUCCAACAUGUCUCAGCGCUCGCGCACCCUCUCCCAGCGCCACCGCACCAACGUCAACAAGAGCCGCGAGGGCGUCGAUUUGUCCGGCCAGGACCACCCCAUGACUGGUGACCGUGACUCUUGGCUACCCGCUGACCAGCACGCGAGCUACCACGAUGACGGCGAGGAAGUUCUCAGCGCCGUGGACGGAGAGGCGCGCGGACGCGAGGAAGAGCGGGAGCCCAUGGCCGCCUAA